UUAAUUUUAUCGGCAUUCGUGGGUCUAAGACGUUGCACGCGGCGGUCACACUGAAAAAGCCAAUAAAACCUGACGCGGUGUGUUUCUUUUCCUUUGAUAUAUUUUUGUAAUAUAACUAAAACCUCGUUUAUAGGUGUUUGUGGUUAAUGGCGCGACGGUCACACUGGCAAACAUUAAACUGAUGCGGUUUUUUAUAUUCCUUUUAUUUUACCGUUUUAAACGCCAAAUCAGCGUGACUCGGCAAUGAAGCAUAUUUUAUUGGACGCCCCAGUCCUGAACGAACAGGACACGACACCCGAAAAGCUGACAAAUGGCCAGAAAAGUGCAGAGAUGUCAGUGGAUCGGCCGGCGGCGAAAAACGGUGGAAAUCCCGCCGAGGAAUCCGCAAUGGACAGGGAUUCCUUGAGUCAACUGGCUUGCAACUUGCACCGAUUGGCGUCCGAAGAUCACAUAGUUAUUGAUAGAAAGCGAAAUGAAGUGAUACGCACCGAUGCUGUCACCCAGCAGAUGACCAUUUACCGUUGCUUGGAUCCCGUUGGUAUGGGCAUGCGUCCCCCCCAUCUGAAUCCCCCCAACCCGCCGGCCAAAGUGGGUAGACCCCAGAAACGUAGCUCUGCGCCGGCAGCCACCAUCGCUCCGGCGCUGUCGAAGAAACCAAAGCCUGAAAUUCCAGCCAUGCCAGCACCAGAAGUUCAACGUACCCGUUCCGGACGUCAGGUGCGUGGCUGCAUGCCGCAACCUGCUCCUGUACCUAAUGUCCCACCCGUAGAGACCGAUUCCUCUCAGUUGCUGGAGCUUCUGGUGGCCGAUCUGAGGGAUAAAGACUAUCGGGCUACCAUGCCGGCUCCCAAGUGCAGUGCAGGGCCUCCUGUGGCCAAUCCGGAGAUGGCCUCCAAUACCCGUGCCGUGCCGAAGAAUUCCAUCUGCCCGGGCUGCAAUAAGAUCUUCUUGGGCCGCCGUCUGCAGCGUCAUUUUGUCAAAUUUCCAGAGCACAUGCCGCGCACCGCUGACCAACAGACGGCGGCACCCUCACUUUUCGGCCUCCUCACCGCCCAGCUCCAGAGGCACUCGCAUCUCAGCGAGGAGCAGCGCGCCGAUCUCUUUUUGCACGAACUGAACGACUUUGUCGAGCAGUUGCAGCUGCGCAGCCAACGGCUCAUCCGGAAUACAUCGGGAAUGCAUUUUGUGAAUGCUCGCAUCGCCCGCGUCCUGGCCAUUCCCGAGGGCCAGUAUGCGCUGGAUAUGUCGGCCAUGGAAUCGGCCCACGCUCCAAUACCGGAGCCCGAGGGCGCAGUCCUGUCGAACGGUGUCAGUGGUGUCGGUGGCGGAGCCCGCAAUUUGGUCGACUACACCGGCCUAAGCAUGUCGCUGGACGAUACCCUAACGGAUGAGGCGGCUCAGCGAUUGAAUCUGUCGGCGGGCGGCAAGCUACUGCCGCCCUCGGAGGAGAGCCUGCUUCGUAAUGUCAGUGACCUGAUGCAGCCGCCGGUGGCAGCUGCCGUGCCGGCUACCGUGAAUCAUGGCUAUGAUCAUGCCAGCGACAAUGCCGUGGAGGCCCUCACCAUGAAGGAGACGCCCAACACGGAGGCCAUACUCGAUCUCAAUGUGGACUUCUUUCAGUUCACCAAUCCCAACUAGUGUUGGGAUAAAAGUGUUAGCUGGCUGCCCCCGAUUUGUUUGUCCGGUCGCAUUAAAUCCGUAUAUUUAUGGCACGCCGGAAUCGAAUGGUCCGCACUGUCCGUGUCUCUGCUGAAAAUCAAUUUGGCGGUUAUCACCGCAAAUGGACUAAGGACUAAGGACCGUGCACCGACCUUGUUUGCCUUGGGUCAAUAUGAUUAGGACUGAUGAUGACCGGAGUCGGAAUGGAAUUGCAAGUGCCAUCACCGGACUGACCCGACCUAUA